AUGCAGUUGGAACUGCUGCUCUCGACCGGGAUCAUGCUCAAGCCUUUUCCGCCCGUGUUAGAACUUGUGGUCCCCGCUGCUGCCAUGAACAGUUUUCUACUUUCGAUUACAAUCGCCACGGCUCUACUGACCGUGGCCGAGGCCAAGAAGAUGUUCACCCAAGACCCAGUAGUCCCGAUUAAGCACGUCAAUAGUGAUAUUCCCUAUGACGAGCCGGUAUUGCUGCUUGUCUACCGCAGCACAUGUCCUCGAAGCCAGAGGACUAUUCCGAGAUUCCAAAGGGCCGCUAAGAUUCUUCAAAUGUGGGGAAUGAAGACUGCAGCUCUCGAGUAUAACGAGACCGGAUGGGAAUACAUGAAGGCCGUUUUCCCGUUGAAGAAAUUCCCGGCUCUUGUCAUGUACCCCGGAGAUGGCAGCAAGCUACGCUACGAUGAGAAGGACCCGCCGCAGGCCCAGGCCGAAGAUAUCGUUUCGUUCGCCUGGAGCCAUCGGAUGGCCCGUCGCGCG